AUGGACAAAGCCAGACUUAUGGCAAUUCACUUCCCAGAGGCUAGUUGGGUUUCUGGUAUGUUACCCAGCAAACAUUAUGUUGGCUCUGUCUGCUUGCAGAAGUCCAUAUUUGAUAACCCCCAUUCACGUGUAUCUGCAACAAAUGCCACAGUGCUUCUCCUUACUGUUCGUCCUCACCAUCCUAACCUGCUACUUCAUGAUGCCAUGAUCUAUCUUCAACUUGAUGACCUCAUUCCUGCUCUCGGAGAUUUCAUUUCCAGUCAAACUUAUAUCACUUGCAGCAGUCAUUGCUUCUCUACCUCUGACUGCUCCCCGCCUUUUCAGGCUGUGAAUGUCUGGGGGAAGUUUCAAAUUCAACACCGGUCCACUCAAGAUGUGCAAGCUGUUACACCCACUCAAAUGGCCCAGGCAGUGCCUCCAAGUGAAAGGCUGCCAUUUGGAUGUGCAAAUACUGUGUUGGUUAGCCAUGAAAGUGGUGAACUUAUUUCAGCUGAUCCACAAUCCAAACGUUACCUUGUGGCUCAGGUGCAAGCAAUCUUGCAGCCCAUCUGCAACCUCAUGUUCCCCCCCCUGAUUUAUGUCAAGUUCUUCAACUUCUCCAACCUGCACUACCAUGUCAUCGACAACAUCCAUGUUGUUGCUCCUGCCCUGAAAAUAGAAAUGUUCCUUGUUCAGCAAUGCUUCUGA